AUGUCCAAGGAGGCGUUAGCUCUCAUCAGCGAGUACUCCGAGGCGGGGAUAACCGUGCGCGGCACCUACGUCCCGCCCGGGAAAGCCCCGCCAGAGGGCGAGAGGAAGCUGUACCUCGCGAUCGAGAGCUCCCAGGAGCUCGCCGUGGCGAAGGCCAAGUCGGAGAUCACCCGCCUCAUCAAGGAGGAGCUGCUGAAACUGCAGAGCUCCGCCCACCACAUGAUCAACAAGGCCCGAUACAAAGUCAUC